AUAUUUAUAUAUAUAUAAUAAAAAUAAAAUUAAAAAAAAAAACUAAAAUGAACGGCAAACGACCGGGUGCAACCCCAAUAAAAAAUUCUGCACAUCACGCAAGUAGUUGUGGUGGGAGUACGACAAACAAAAUCGACAUCGGUGCCGCUGUCAUAAAUAGUUUACCCAUAAGUGGUCGUACUGGGGCAAUUGUUAUGAAAACAGUAUCAAUAUUUUUGACAAGUGGAAGAAAAGCUUCAAUAAAUAUUAAAAAACAAAAUAACGAAACAACACAAAGACGUAAUAAACGUAUUAAAAAUAAUAAAAUGACAUCAGAUAAUGAUCUAAAUAAUAAUAAAACUCAUCAAGCUAAAAUUAUCGAGUCAUUAAAAAAAAAAACUAAAUUUUCAAGAUUUGAAUUAGAGGCACUUUGUAAAAUUUAUAAAAAAUUAAUAACAAUACCUGGACAAAAAAUUGGUGGUUCAUUAUUAAAUCAAGGACAUCAAAUUAUUCAGACAAUUGAGGGAAUUGAUAGAACAAUAUUUCGUGAAUUAUUACACAAUACAUUUAAUAUUAUAACUGAAGAUGCACUUAUUGAAAGAAUUUUUUGUUGUUGGGAUCGUGAAUGUGAAGGAGCUAUUAAAUUAGAAUCUUGGAUAAUUGGUCUUGAUAUGUUUCUUCGUGGUAGUUUUAGAGAUAAAAUUGAAUUUUGUUUUCGUGUUUAUGAUUUAAAUGGUGAUGGUUAUAUUACCAAGGAUGAAAUGUUUCAGCUAUUCAAAAAUUGUUUGAUAAAACAACCAGGUGAAGAAGAUCCUGAUGAGGGUGUAAAAGAUCUUUCUGAAUUGGCACUUAAAAAAUUGGACAUUGAUCAUGAUGGUAAAGUAUCAUUUGAAGAUUAUGAAACAGCAAUUAUUGAUGAGCCAUUAUUACUAGAAGCUUUUGGUCAGUGUUUACCAAGUGAUCAAAGUUGUGCUGCAUUUCUCACAAAUAUUUCGGGAGUUUAAAAAUUAAAUAUUAAUAUAAACAAUAAAAAAACGAAUUAACUAUAAAUGAGUUUGCAUUUAGAGUAUUUUUUAAAAUUCAUUUAUAAAUGUUUGCAAUUUUUUUUUCCCUUUAAAUAUGAUUUAUUUACUAUUAAUUUUAAAAUGUAUUUAUUAAUUUAUCUUUUAAUUUCAAUAUUUAAAGUUUUAAACAUAUUAAACGACUAAAAUAUCAGCUUAGUGCAUUAAUUUAAUUCAAGAGAUUUCUUUUUUACUACAGCGGAUUUAUCAGUAAUGAAGCAGAUCGUUAAAAUGUUGAUUACUAUUAAAUAUAAAUUGAUUAUUUAGAGUAGCUAAUUAAUUUUCAAUUCGAUAUAUUUCUAGAUUUUUUGACAAAACAAAAUCAACAUUAUAAAAAAUUUAAAAAAAAAAAAACACUUAGCUUAUUGAAUAUGUAUGUAUAUGGAGUUUUAAAAAAUAAAAAAUUAUGCACAUUAUGAA